AUGGAACUUAUUAAAUAUUCAAAUUCUCAAAUCGAUGCCUAUACCAAUUCGUUGCAAGUCUGGUGUAAACUAAACAAUUAUUCCGUAUUUCUUUUACCCUGUUUAUCAUCAACAUAUAUUACUUUAGCAAGUAUUGAUCGUUUCUGUUCAAGUUCGCAUCGUGAAAAACUUCGAAAACUAAGUCAAGUAAAAGUCAGUUGUAUUUUAAUACCAUCGAUACUUUUAAUAUGGAUUCUAUUCUCGUCACAUGUUCUUAUUUUAUUCGAUAUUAUGCCUAUAACGGUAACAAAUCCAAAAGGAUGUGGAGUACCAACAAAUUUCUAUAUUUUUGCAUUGAUUAUCGAUGGAUAUUUCUUUGCUAUAUUUAAUGGUGUUAUUGUUCCUCUAUUUCUUGCCAUCUUUGGUUAUUUAAUCUAUAGUAAUAUACAACAAAAUCGAAGACGAGUUGUUCCAGUAUGGAAUGCAAACUGUUAUACAUAUAAAACUGAUGGCUAUACACCAAAAUAUGGAACUAAAUAG